CAAAAUAUCUGUUGGCGGUCAGGACAUUGCACUUACACGAGCGAACGAUGUUGCUGUGUUAGAUACUGGAUCAUCACUUAUUCUUGCACGGACCACUAUAGCGGAUCAGAUUAACACAGCAUUAGGUGGUGUUUUCUCGUCUGCGGCACAGGCGUAUUUAAUACCAUGCGACGCAACGCUGCCAGAUAUGACGUUUACUUUCGGAGCUGCGUCUUUCACCAUCCCAGGCCCCGAUUUGAUUUUUCAAGAAGGAAAAGAGUGUGUGAGCGUUAUUAUCCCAGGUGACCUUGGCGAUGUGUCAUUUCUUUUGGGCGAUACUUUCUUAAAGAACAAUUAUGCCUACUUCAACAUGGAUGAGUCAACUAUCGGACUUGCCAAGGCUAAACGCUAG